GGCCACACCUGGCCACACCCGCUCUGACUCACCACUGGCACCCGCUCUUCACUCCGUAUCGCGAGCUCAAAGUCUCUUUGACAACGUUUGCUUACCCACCUCAUAAGGAAAUAAAAACCGGUGGAGGACAGGGAGCCUGAGCCACUCUGACCGACUCGGAGACGAACACAACGCUUUAGAAUUCCCGUUGAGCAUAGUUGUCAUGAUUUUAACUCCCUCUGUGGCGCCGCCGACAGCGUUCAUCUCUACCACCCCCACGCAGGGCACGCGAUCAUCGGUGCCCGCGCAACUACCCCUCAGUCAGGCAUCUGUGAAGGCUUCGACCCACGAAGAUCAGCCUCAACUCUCACACGUCAGUCUAUCACAGCUCAGAAUCCCGUCCCUGCUUUUGGAGGCACCGACCAUCACACAUACCAUGGCUGCGACUCUGGCUAUGUCGCUGCUAGGCCACACGCUGUUUCUCAAAAGCCAAGUCCCUUUCCCUGUGGUACAGCUAGCCCGAAUGCCAGGCGGGCCAUCUGACUCUCGCGCAGCCAGGCGGAGAAACGACCUCCUCGCUGCAAUUGACACACUCUCGUCUCAUAUGCAAACUACAUUUACAGCUUUAUCGACCGCUCUUGCACGGAAAAGGUCCAGCGGCGAAGACACAUCUUCGCCUUCCACGGGAACCGCGCAUCUUGCUUUUGUUCUCGGGCCGAGCGUCGGGGCUGCGCGCGCACGAAUCAUAUACACCGUCGAUGGCCUAGAGGUGAAAGUGUGGGGCGAGCGCGAUGAUUCUCCUGGUCCGUCGAGCCAUCCAGGAGCGAAGAGUGUCCAUGGUGGGGACAAGGAUGGAGAGGAGGAGGAGGACGGAGAGGAGGAGGAGGAGGAAUACGACGACGAAGAUGAGGAAGAUUUGGAAAGCGGAGACGAGUCUGACAACACUGACAGUCCAGAGGAGAGCGAUGAAGAAGCCGCAUCCGAACCGCCACUGUCUCGAUCACCUUCACCUUCACCUUCACCUUCACUACCAGCUUCUGAAUCCCAACCGCACGCGCCUUCACCGACACAGGGCUUAUCGGAGAAUGUGGCUCCUCUACCAGCACCCCGGCGUGCAACGGCAUCACCUCCAGCCCAGGUACAGAGUCAGACGUACGCAGAAGAACAGCAAGCACUGCGGAAUGCCGAGCGUCUGCUGUCACGCACUCUCGCGAAUGCAUGUGCAGAGGACAGCGGAGGCAUAUCUUCCGAGCUUGCGCCGACGCAAACCCACGUAUUGCUCCGUGCACCCAGACGCUUCGCGCACCCUGCAUGGAUCCCAAGGCAGAACCUCACGCGCUCACUCGAAGGUACACUUCAGUCUUUCCUCGACGCCGCGUACGCUACGGGCGGCAAUGUACCUCCCAAGAAGAAGGUUUUUGCGAAGGGUGUCAAGACGGAGGGUGUCUGGGUAGGGUGCCAUGGCUCGGAUGUCGCUGGGAGCAUGCACCUCGGGGGCGACGGCGAGGAGGAUGAGGAGGAUGAAAUGAUCUGGUGGGUGUGGGAUGGGAAGAUCGUGGGCUUCUCAGACUGGUGAACAUCAUUGUAUGCGUGAGCCUGAGCAUCUGUUGCCAGUUCGGACCCGGACUGCCUGCCGGCGCCGUGGGGGAUUCAGAAGGCUUGGAAGUCUCAGGCUGUCUGAGCACCCAACACCGUCGUCACGCACACAUAUUCACUGUCUAUACCGAUACCUUGCAUCCACGAACGAACCAGUACCGUAUUCUCUACUGCUGCGGCUCUGCAUGAACUUCGAGCUUUCCAGGCGAGGAACGGUGAACCCGGACCGCCAGUACCCGGAGUGACUGUCGAGUACAAAUGUUAGAGCAGACGACAGUCACAUAAAGCAUACUAUCCGAGUCAACGUCGACUUCCCAACUUUGUCUCUUUGCAUAACUUCGCCGUCUUCAUAUCGCCAUCUGCCCUUGGACUGGUCACUGCCCUGCAUCGCCCUUGAUGUGGCUCACGAUUGCACGCGGCAGGCAGGGUUCAAUAUUUUAUGGCCGUCGUACC